AUGUGCGCUUUCGGGAGGCGUCCUCCGCCUCCUCCUGAUGGAGGAAGGCCGAGCAGCUGCCAGUCUCCUGAGGGCCCGCAAAUCCUUCGCGUUGGAGCGCCGAGUCGUCCUCCGCCUCCGCCUGCCGCCCCUCCUGCGCCGCCGCUUCCGACUCCAGCCGCGCGUCCGCCCCUGAUCAUCCGCCGGGUUACCCCCACUGGGUCUGCUGACGCUCGCCCCGUUUCGGCCGCUGCGUCAUCGGCCAGGAGUGCUCGCGGGGUUACGCGGGAGAAGGAUCGAGGGGGUUCAGCGGGCGAGAAGGCCGAACGAGGCGCGAGGCAGGCCUGCGAGCCUUCUUUGCGGCAGCUGAGCUCCCACGCACUCUCCAAACUCGGCCAGGCAACGUGGAGGAAGCCGCCGUUGUACCAUCCGGAUGCCUUGGCUUUCUUCCAGGCGCGGUUCGCCGAGCAGAAGAGUGCCCUGACGUCGGCGCAGGCGACGCUCGCUGAGCUGGAGAAGCGGCGCGGAGAGAAAGAAGGCGAGGAAGCGACAGGUCGCGGAAAGAAGGGCCAGAACCAACUGGAGAAGCAGACGCGCCUCGCGAGGAAGAAGGCUGACGCAGCAGAAAAACGCUGUGAAGAGGCGCGCGCGACCUUGGAGGCGAUUGCGAAGGUCGAGAGACAGGAGACAGAGAAGGAAGCGGAGAAGAGAGGGGGGGAUACAGGUGCGAAGGGAGAGGGCCGCGGAAUGCGGAAGCAGAAGCCGUUUGAUCCGAGCCUGGUUGAGAAGAUCUACGACGACCUGGUGGAGGCGAACUUUCCGCAGCACGCGCUGCUCGCCCUCGAGUUUUCGCUCUUCUUCGAGAACUACCUUUGGCCCUAUUUUCCGGUGAACGGGUCGGAGCCUAACGCGAAGCCUGAGCUGGGUGUCUCGAAGGCCCACAUGCUGUGCAUCGUCUGCAUGCUCCUCGAGAAGCAUCGGAAGAACCUGCCGCUGUGGCAGCCGUUUCUGAACCACCCUCUGCUCCUCGGGAGAGAGGGGGGGCGAAGCGACGCUUCCGCAGACGCCUGCGCGCCUCCGGAGAAGGAACGGGCGCACGAGGCCGAAGUCGACAUGGGAAACGGGGAGUCGGCUCAGGCCGGCGAGCCGGCGCCCGAAGAGAAGAACGAGAAAGAAGGAAUCGCCUUGGCGGCAGAGUCGACCGCAGAUGAAUUGGUCCGCCUCCCCGAGGAGUUCUUCCACGCGAAGUUCUCAGCGUUCGUCUACAGUCUUCUCGACCUCUUUCUCCAGGCGACUGACGAAGGCGCGCCUUCCGAGAAGAAAACGCCGAACGGAAGCGCCGCCGAGGCCGCGCCCCGUGGAGAGGCCUCAGUCGCGCAAACGUCGUCUCCUUCGCCGUCACGUUCCGCCUCCCCCUCGUCGUCGACGCUCUCGCUGAGCGAAAAGACGCUCGUCGUGCGCUUCCUGAUUCUCUGCUUCCAGGGCUUCGAGGAGUCCAUGCUGCGCCGUGUGUCCCUCUCCGUUUGCGGCGCAGCGAUGUGGGCGCAUGCAGCCCCGAGAUUCCUCGACCAGCUGCUGGAGAGCAGCGGCGCGGCGGUCCUGCUCUGGCAAAAAGCGAAGAAGAAAGUUGAUCUCGCUGACGAGGCGCGCGAGGCGGAGAUUCUCGCGGCUCUCGGGGAUGCGGCCCCGACGGAGACAGCCGAGCAGGCCGAAGGAGGAAAGGGGGCGACCGAGGCCAGAGAAGAAGUCCAAGACAUGAAGAGACGCGAGAAAGAGCGCGAAAUCAAGCGAGCCCGCGUCGACCGAGACUUCUUCCCCCUCUUCCUGCAACAGUUCUUCUGGCUCAUCGACGACGUGCCUCUGCAGUAUCCCGAGGCGGACGGCCCGCCGAUGGAGGUCGUCUAUCUGGCGGAGCGGAUGCUGGAGCUGUUGAUUGAUCUGGAAAACCAGCUACCAACGAGGCGGUGCAUUCUGCCUCUCUUGAACAACUUGCAAGUCGUCGUUCGCGCACGCAUGGCCAGCCUCGCCAAGACGCCCGAGGCCGGCGUGUACAAACAGAUGGUGGAGCUCCUCGACUUUUACAGCCGUCUGCCGCUGACGCCGAGUCAGUGCGUCGACGCCCACUACCGUCGUGUCGCGGACUUCCAGAAGUUUUGCUUCUCGCUCUCUGCGGACAUCCCCGCUCUCAAGAUGCCGGCGCUGUCUGCCGUCUCUGCCCUGGACUCGCCCGCCGACCUGCGCGCGCUCCUGGAACAGCAAGAGCUCCUCACGCUGCUUCAGAUGGCGACGCACCUAAACCUCGUCGAUCCCCAAACCCUGCCUGGCGCUCCGCGUCCCGCUGUCGCACCUUUCUCGACGUUGUCGUCUUUCUACUCGAUGCUUCCGCCGCAUGCACGGCGAACGAAGAAGUGGAUUCGCGAGUUUUUGACUGAAACGCUGUGCCACCAUUUGAAACGGCGAGCAGAUCAGCUGGAGCAGCUCAAUGCGCUUUCUCUGUACCCGUCUGAAGAGGAAAUGUGGAACGAAGCAAUUCUCCCCGCUGACCAGUACACCGGCGAGACAGCCUUGGCCUUGCCCAAAUUAAAUCUCCAGUUUCUAACGAUUCACGACUACCUCCUCAGGAACUUCAAUCUCUUCAGGUUAGAGUCCAUCUACGAAGUUCGAGAGGACAUCCAAGACGCGAUUUUUCGCAUGAAGCCGAGGCGAAGAGAAGCGCCGACUGCGGUCACUGGAGUGUACGCGGACCCAAAUGCUCUCGACGCAGCCGGCGGCCGAACCGUGUUCGAAGGCAGCGCGCGCAUGGCUCUGGAGCUCCAGCGCUUCUCGGUCGUCGCCGUCGAGAAGCCCAAGGUUGGCGAGACGGUCCCGUCCGAAGUUCGCGCCGAACUGAGCAUCGACUUGGCCGGGCUGAAACCGCAAGUGGCUCGGGAGUGGGAUUCCCUUCGCCAGUUUGACGUCCUCUUUCUCGUGGGCAUCGUCGCUCCGAAAGAGCCGUACACAGGGCGGCUCCAAGACAUCGAGCAAGUGCACCAGUUCCCGGAAAAGUUCGGCGUUGUCGUCUUGCGAGGCUGCGAGAUCAUCGACGUGCUGGACGAAGACGGGAAGGUGAUCAGCGAGUUCAAUCCGCUUGAGCCGCGUCUGCCAAUGGGGACUGCGCGUACGCUCCGGGUGUUGUUGGACCCGAAUCAGUACAGCCAGGACGUGCUGCGGAUGGAGGAGGAAGGCUUCGAAGACUUUUACAGCUGCUUCAACUUGUUGAUUCGUCGCCACCCGAAACACAACACCUUCAAGGCAGUCCUCUCCACGAUUCGGUCGCUGAUGAACCACCCUGAGGACGUGGUUAUUCCCGCCUGGCUCCACGACCUCUUCCUCGGCUUUGGCGACCCAGGGAGCGCGCAGUUCUUCCGGCUGCCGUCGCGCCUCCGCCGCCUCGACUUCCGAGACACUUUCCUCGACGCCACCCACCUGCGCGAGGCGUUCGCGCAUGCAGACCUCACAGCGGCGGAGAACCUCGCGGCGCCCUUCGUCUUGGAGGUCGACGACGCCGAUGGCGGAGGCCCGGACGGGACGGGAUGGCCGCGUCUACGCAUUCAGGCUAGCACGUACACGCUGCCGGCUGUCGGGCCGUAUCCAGAGUGCGCCAGGAACACGAACAAAAUUCGAUUCACGCCGCAGCAAGUGCGGUGUCUCCUCUCGGGUCUGCAGCCGGGGCUGACGAUGGUUGUGGGCCCUCCCGGCAGUGGGAAGACCGACACGGCGGCGCAUCUGGCUUAUCUCCUCUACCACAACUUCCCGUCCGAGAAGGUGGUGCUCGUCUCGCACAGCAACGCGGCGUUGAACGAUUUGUUCCGCAAAAUCAAGAACCUGGACGUGGACGAGACGCACUUGCUGCGCUUGGGGCGCGGCGAACGCGACUUGUUCGCAGAGAGCAGAGAGAAGGCGGUGGGAAAGAUCGGCGACUUGGAGGACGAGGAAGAAGACUUCUCCUUCUCGAAACAGGGUCGAGUGAACACCGUCCUGGAACGCCGCAAGCAGCUGCUGGAGAAAGUCGAGAAGCUCGGGCGCACGCUGGAAGAACAGGACGCGCCCGGUCUCGCCGUCGGCGACGUGGGCUUCUCCUGCGAGACCGCCCUGCAGUUCUACAGGUACCACAUCCUCUUCAGGAUGGAGCGGUUCAGGAAACUCGUCGACAGGAUCCAGCGCCUCGAGCGAGAGGCCGCGCAUGCAGAAAAGGAGACGGACGAGUUCUGGAGCAAGGUCGGACAGGUGUUUGCAGACCUCGAGCAAGAGCGAGGCAAGGCGCUGGUCGUCAAAGUGAAGAAGGCCGCGCGAAAGGAGGCAGAACAGAGGCCAGGAGCGGAAGAGGCGCCGGCCGAGGACGACUCCGAGACGGCAGAGGCCGAGGACGUGGACGAGGACGGAUGCAUUAGCGUCGACGCAGUGCGCGCCAUGCGAGAGUUUGGGCACACGCCCUUCGAACUCCUCUUUCCGUUUCCGCUCUUUUUCGCCGACGCCCCGCAGCCGCUGUUUGUCAAGGACAAGGAGAAGGACGCGGAGAUGGCAGCCUGUUGCUUCCGAUACCUCGACAGGAUCUUCCAGCGAAUCGACGACUGCCGAGCCUUCGAGCUCCUCCGCACUUCCGGAGACCGCGCGAACUACCUGAUAACGAAGCACGCGCGCAUGAUUGCCAUGACGUGUACGCACGCAGCGAUGACUCGCGAGAACCUCGUCGGCCUGAAGUUCCAGUACGAUACGCUAAUCAUUGAGGAAGCCGCCCAAAUCCUCGAAGUCGAGACGUUCAUUCCUAUGCUGUUGCAACAACUCGAGCGUGGCGUCAGCAGGCUGAAGCGCGUCGUCCUCAUUGGCGAUCACCACCAGUUGCCGCCUAUUGUCAAGCAUCGGGCCUUUCAAAAGUACUCGCGCCUGGAUCAGUCGCUGUAUUCGCGCUUCAUCCGCCUUCGCUCGCCGGCGCUCGAACUGGACAUGCAGGGGCGUGCGCGACCGUCCCUGGCUACCCUUUACUCCUGGAACUACCGGCGCCUGGGCAACCUGCCGGAAGUUGUGGAGGACGAAAGGUACGUCUUGGCGAAUCCGGGGCUCUCCUUCGACUUCCAGUUCAUCAACGUCGAGGACCACAACGGGAAGGGCGAGACCAGCCCGCUGCCGUACUUUUACCAGAACUUGGGCGAAGCCGAAUCGGUAGUUGCGCUCUACAUGUACAUGCGGCUAACGGGCUACCCAGCCGAACGCAUCAGCAUCCUCACCACGUACAACGGUCAGCUGGCUCUCAUCUCCGACGUUCUCCAUCAACGCUGCGCGUGGAACCCUGCGAUCGGACUCCCCAAGGCUGUGGCAACCGUCGACAAAUACCAAGGCAUGCAAAAUGACUAUAUUCUCCUCUCUCUCGUUCGAACGGAGCGCGUCGGCCACAUUCGAGAUGUUCGCCGCCUGAUUGUUGCAGUCUCGCGUGCUCGCCUCGGUCUGUACGUUUUCGGACGAUGGUCUCUGUUCGGCAACUGCGCUGAGACGCGCCCGGUGAUGCGUCACUUCGCGAAACGGCCGCUGCAGCUGGCUCUUCAACUUGACGAAGAAAACUUCUCGACAACUCGGACGGUGCGCCGAGAGCCGUUCUCCGGUCGACAAGAACCUCUUCCCGCAGGAGCCACGCUGAUCCCGGACGUGGCCCAACUCUUCACCGUCGUCCAAAACCGCGCAGUCGCUCGUGUCGAAGAACUCAAAAAACAACUCAACAUCCCUUCUUCCUCGUCCUCGUCUUCCUCUUCUUCGUCGUCUUCCUCGUCCUCGUCUUCUUCCUCUGCUUCGUCUUCCUCUUCUUCUUUGUCCGCCGGUCUGUUGCCUCGGCCUCAGCAGCCUGGCAGCUUGCAGGGGCGGUUCGGCCUCGCCGCAGCGCCGCUGGUGAUGCCUGCAGGCUUUGUGCUUUCCGACGACGCCUCUUCAGUUCCGCCUCCGCCGCCUCUCUCGCUGGGGUCUUCUGGGCGCGCGCCCGUUCCUCCGCCGCCCGUGUCCCCACCUGUCGUUCUUCGAGGCCCAGCGCAUGUGUGUAGAGCGCCAAAGAGGAAAACGCGUGCUGUCGGAAAGACGCAGAAGCAAACAGGCGAGGAAGACAAAAAAGGCGAGGACAAGACAGCCGCGGGGGAGGAUCAGGAAGAUGUAGAAGAAGUCGAAGAAGGGGCGAAGGAAGCACGGGCAGACGAAAAAGCAGGAGGCGAGAAGGACGAAGAGAAUGAUGGGAAGAGAGAAGAAGGGGACACAGACGAAAUGGAGGAGCAACGAGAAGAAGACAGCGGGGCUGGAGCUCCGGAAGAGGCUCCGGUGGAAGAGAAGGGAGACGAGAACGCGGGCGAGAAUCCGAGCCGACAGCGACGGCGAAAGCGCGCAGACGAGGACGUGUCGGAAUCUCGAAAGCAGUCCGGUGACAGAGGUGCUCGCCGCCAAGCAGAGGCGGAGAAAGAGGCGUCUGAAGAGGCGCAGGAAAAUGCGGACGAAGAGGAACAAAGCAACGAGUCCGAGACGAAAGAGGCGGAAUCGCAUGCGGACCAGUCAGAGACAAAAGGCAGAAAGAGAGGGAGACGCGCGAAUGCGGCCGCUUCAGCCGCCUCUCCUGCCGGCGAGGCGCUUCCAGAGCGCGAAUCAACUGGAGCCACCACGCGUGCACAGGCCAGGAAGGACGGAGGAAAGCAAGAAACGGGAGAAGAUCAAGAACCGAAAGGAAGAGAAAAGAGAAAACGAGGAAAAGGGGGGGAGCCCGCGCCAAGUGCCUCCAAACGCAAAACACGAGAAUCCAAAACGUAA